AUGGCUGACAACGGCCAGUGCAUUCAAUGUGGAGAAGCUCUCGAAGAUUUCUUUAACUUUUGUCCUGAAUGUGGAAGAAGCGUAACUCAAGAGGGAGAAAUGACUGAAAGAGAAAUUAUUGAAAUGUAUUUCUAUUGUGGCUUCACCUACUCAUGCAUACUGCAAUUAAUGUCCAAAUAUCAUAAUAUAAACAUGUCAUUAUCUACUCUUAAACGUCGGUUGCAAUCAUUUAAUCUAGCAAGAAGUAGGGACGCUAUUGAUGUUGACCAGAUUAGAGAAGCCAUAAGAAAAGAAAUGGAUGGCCCUGGGUGUUUAUUUGGAUACAGAUCUAUGUGGCAUUCUCUCAGAAUGGGGCAUGGGUUAACAGCACCCAGAGACCUUGUACAAAGGCUAAUGAAGGAAAUUGAUCCAGAUGGUUGUGAAUUGCGGAAAAGAAGAAGGUUAAGACGCAGGAGUUACUGGAGCUUGGGCCCUAACCAUACCUGGCAUAUCGAUGGAUAUGACAAGUUGAAAGAUUUUGGAUUCCCAAUACAUGGGUGUGUGGAUGGAUUCAGCCGCAAGGUUUUGUGGUUGAAUGUUUCAAGAUCAAAUAACGAUCCAUCUGUAGUACUGCGUUUCUACUUAGAUUGUGUUGACCAAAAUGAAGGGUGUCCUCUCAUAGUACAGAGUGACUGUGGCACUGAAAAUGGCAACAUUGCAGCAGCUCAGUGCUAUUUUCGUGUAGAUGCUACAGAUGAGUAUGCAGGCGAGAAAGCUCAUAGGUAUGGUGAAUCGAAGCGAAACCAACGUAUUGAAGCAUGGUGGUCUUGUUUUAAAAAAAGUAGAUCAUCAUGGUGGAUUAAUCUAUUUAAAGAUCUCAUGGAUAGUGGUCAAUUUGAAUAUGGAAAUGUUAUUCAUAAGGAAUGUAUGUGGUUCUGUUUUAGUGAUAUUAUACAGGAAGACCUUAACUACACAAGGGCCCUGUGGAACAACCACUACAUUCGAUCCUCAAGGCACGAGACUGUUCCAGGUCGGCCAGAUGAGUUGUAUUACUUACCAGAACGCCAUGACAGUGAGGAUCAGAAACAACCUGUGAAUGCCGAGAAGCUUAAUGAGGUUAGACAGCAUGUGGCUGAUCCGGUUAAUGAGGAUAAUCAGGAUGUCCAAGAGUAUCUCAACUAUGUUUGCACAUCAGAAGGAUUAGAAAAGCCCACUGAUUGGAGAAGUGCUCUGAACUUAUACACAAUUUUAAAACAAAUAGCUGAACAAGUGUAG